UAUUCGUUGAGAGUGAAGCUUUCAUCAAGGUGUGGUCAGACUGUAAAUAUAUUUUACCACUGGAAAACACCGGAAUCCCAAUAAAGCACAAAAUAUACUAAACGUGCACAUAAACAAAUUAAGGUGUGAUAACUAAAAUGAAUGUGUCCACAGUUAAGUGACAGUUGAGACCAUAACACACCAAAAUGGAGAGGAUUCGAGUAUUGCGUGAUUCUGUGACAAAAAAUGCAGAUAAAAAGUGUUGUAUUAAAGUGGCAGUAGGAGUAGCGGUGGUGCUAGUUUUACUGAUUGUUAUUAUUGUAGCUGCUGUGUUGUCGACUACUGAGGAAAACAGCGAUCCUGUCAACAACAAGGAACAACAGAAUGGUAGUGGAACUGGAACUACUUCCGGUAAACUGGAAGGCCUGGACAUACCAAGUCAAUAUCUUCUCCGAAUGGGAUCACUAGAGAGUCCAUCCUUCCACCAGAUUCUGGCAGUUGAUGACGAACACCAAGCUUAUAUCAUGCAGAUUGAUGAAGAUUUUAAAAAUAUUUACGUUGUGGUUAAUUUUCAACAGAAGAGUCAGGUAUUUGUGGGCAUGAGAAAGGAACAUGAAAGAGGGGAUGUAGUGGAGUCCACCAUGCUGUUUUGUCAUGAAAGUAAAUUUGAUAGUGAUUUUACUGGCUCAUUUUUAAGUUCCAGUCAGUUGACAACGGGAGACCACUCUGCUGUGAGCAAUGGUAGGACCACAGAUUUAAAUGUAGAUGAAAUAGGCACAAUAUAUAAAGCCUCGCCUCUCAUAGCCUCAGUUAUUAAUGGUUCGUGUUCAUAUAUACCCAGUCAUCAUAUGAUACAGUGGAAGGAGAAGAAAUCUGAAUGCACCAUUUCUACAACGAUCGACAAUAACACAUCACCGUGUUCCUUACAAUGUCCAAAAUGUAAAGAUUUAGCCCAAACUGAGAAACAAAGUUGCAGUAAGUUUGAUCAGUGUAAUUUCGACAUGAGUUAUUGUGAUCCAUAUUGGAAAUCUAACAACGUUUACAACCAACAACCAUAUUGUAUAUGUCGCAAAACAUUAGCCAAUGAUAUGCUUCGUGUCAGUUGUCCAAAAUCAGGUGCCGAUGGCGGAAAUUGUGAAAUACCGCGACGAACAAUAGUGGAUUUUGAAAAUUCGAGCCCGUGUUUUUGUCGUUACAGUAUCCCAAUUAUCCAUCCCUAUAUCCCCGUGACCGGAAAUAAAAACACUAUGUUCACGCUACAGUCAGUGAUAGUUACCGCCCCUGCCCAGACUCAUAAAGAAUGUGAACUUAGAGACUCGUCUUAAUGGUACUAGUUUAAGUUGUAUUUACCCUAAAACAUUUAAGACUUAUAUCCUGCCAAUUAUAUUCCUAUAUAUAGAUCAUGUAUCCAGUUCAAGGUAUAUCCAAAUGUAGCCUUUAAAUUGUGAGCUGAUCUCAACAAAAAGCCUUCGGAAUGUCCAGGAGUUUUAAGGACCAAGAGCUAUGUAAAUUUCAUCCACUGAAAGAUUCUAAAAGCAUUAAGACCAAAACCUUUUAAAAUAUAUUCAGAAUUCUAUAAAUGUCCACGAGCUUUGUAAAUGAUCAAUACCAAGAGCUUUGUGAAGUUUUGCAAGUAACUUAGAUCUAGAGCUCUGUAAGGUUUAAGAGCUCUGCGCGUGUCU